GCUGUGCAAGGCACUGCUGGCCCUCAGAAUGUACGCUCAGAUGGCCUCCAUCAACUGGAUGUUCGUGGAGGGCCUCUUCCUCCACUCGAGGUUGACCUCCAACGUCUUCGACUCUGGAGCGCCUUUCACACUCUACUACACCAUCGGCUGGGGGUGGUCGCUCAUGUUCCUGGUGGCCUGGACCACUACCAUGGCUCUUAAUUAUCCCGUCCACUGCUGGCAAGGCUACGCUGUCCUACCUUAUGUCUGGAUCCUCGUGGCUCCCAUGGUCACUGCUCUAAUGAUCAACCUCAUCUUCCUCGUCAACAUCAUCAGGAUUCUGGUGACGAAACUACGAGCCAGUGACGCAGUGGAAACCACGCAAGUGAG